AUGAUGGCUCUGAGGGCUUUCGCAUUCGCUGCCGCACUUACUUCAGCUGUUGCCGAGGAGCAAGUGCAGCUCAGGGGAAGCGGCAUCAGUGUCGCCGGGGAGAAUGCAACGAUUCUGACGAAAAGUGCUGUGAAGAAGGCUUCCUCUUCGGCGCACCUGGCAUGGAUGCCGGACUUGUCGUUUUGCCUCUCCAGCGACGGAAACCGCAUCGGCAACGGUGUGAAGGUUCAGCUCUGGCACUGCGAUCAGAAGUGGCACAGCGGCGGGCAGAACUUCUUCAUGGACGAGGCCGGUCGCAUCAGGAUGCAUCAGAAUCCGGAUUACUGCGUUGUGAUCGACGGCGACAGGUAUGAGAAUGGAGCGAAGAUUCAGCUCUGGAAGUGCAGCGACAGCAACAAGCACCAGACCUGGGUCUUCAACAACGUCGGACAGAUCGAGGCCCGGAACGCCCCCAACCAGAUGUGCCUGGUGAUCGACGGCAACCAGGCGUUCAACGGGGCGAAGAUCCAACUGUGGCUGGCGCAGCAAGCAACCAACCCUACUUACUAUGGGGGGGGGGGUGAAGAACUACAAACACUACCCGCUAGGACAGAAGUGUAG